CUUUGAAGGCCCCAGGGUCCGAACAGACUUUGGCCCCGCCGCCCCCACCUGCCGAGCAGCUGGGAACCAGCGCGUCACUCCCAGCGGAAACGCCGCACCGCCCGGGCGUCUGGCGAGGUGCGCGCCUCCCGGCCCCGGCCCCGACGCUCCGCGGCUCCCGGCCCGCCGCCCGCCGCCCGCCUCUCUGGGCUGAGCAGGGGCGGGGACACGGCAGCACCUACCGGGAUCUGCGACUCCAACCGCCGAGGAGCCCGGGAAGAGAAGCCAGCCCGGACGGCACCCUGGACGCUGGCGCGGAGGGUCCGAGCCUACCCGUGGGUGGGAGACGCCGACGCCGACUUGACAGCGCGUCCCAGCACCACGCGCUCGCUCGCUCUCGCUCUCGGGAAAAACUGAGGCACCAAGCUUGGUUCCCGGAGCCAGCGGGGACUGUGGAGACACUGCCAGAAUCCUCAACGGCUUGGAAAUCCUAUCACCUUGGUUCCCUGAGACUUGGAGGGCCCUUUAUGGGAGGGAACACCAAUCCUCUUUGGAGGUGGAGUACAAAUCUCAAAGGAAAAUAACAUUUCUCUCUGCAUGCAAGGAAGAUGGGGUGGCUUGGAGAGAAAGAGCCACCGGGAAGGCCAAGCCUGUCAUCUCCAAGAAGGCUUUUAAAACACCUCAGCCCAUGUGGCACUACCAUUGUUGAUACCACUCAAAUCAGUAGGAACUGACAGCUGGCUGACAAAAAAAAACUCAUCCAGGGAGAGAAAAGACAUAAGUGAAGUAUGAAAUUUUGAAUAACGUUUUCAGGUAUUGAUUCUGACUUUUUAAGAUGGAUGAAGGUGUAGAAAUUUCAAGUGAUGGAAAUUCCCUCAUCAAAGCAGUCCAUCAGAGCCGGCUUCGCCUCACAAGACUCUUGCUAGAAGGUGGUGCCUACAUUAAUGAGAGCAAUGACCGUGGGGAAACCCCUUUAAUGAUUGCUUGUAAGACCAAACAUGUUGAUCACCAGAGUGUCAGUAAAGCCAAAAUGGUUAAAUACCUGUUAGAAAACAACGCUGAUCCCAACAUACAGGACAAAUCUGGGAAAACUGCUUUGAUGCACGCUUGCUUAGAAAAAGCUGGUCCUGAAGUUGUUUCCUUGCUCCUAAACAGUGGGGCUGAUCUCAGCUUGCAAGACCAUUCUAGUUAUUCAGCCCUUGUUUAUGCUAUAAAUUCAGAGGAUAGAGAAACCCUGAAAGUUCUACUUAGCGCUUGCAAGGCAAAAGGGAAAGAGGUCAUUAUCAUAACAACAGCUAAAUCACCCUCUGGUAGGCACACUACCAAACAGUACUUAAAUAUGCCUCCUGUAGAUAUAGAUGGGUGUCAUUCCCCAGCCUCCUGUGCCACUCCUUCAGAAAUAGACAUAAAAACAGCCUCAUUGCCACUUUCACAUUCUUCUGAAACUGAAAUGACACUUUUUGGCUUUAAAGGUCUGGAGCCCUCAGGAAGUAGUGAUGAUACACAGGACCCAGGCUCCCCUAUGAGGAAGCCUGCUAUGGCCUCUAAUGGGCCCAAGCUACCCCAGGCUCCAACUUGGAUCAAGAGUCCUCCCUUAUUAAUGCACCAAAACAGAGUGGCCUCCUUGCAAGAGGAGCUCCAGGAUAUUACUCCAGAGGAAGAAUUAUCCUACAAAACCAAUGCGCUGGCACUUUCCAAGCGAUUCAUUACUAGGCACCAAAGUAUUGAUAUAAAAGACACUGCACAUUUGCUAAGAGCCUUUGAUCAGGCCAGCUCAAGAAAGAUGUCAUACGAUGAAAUAAAUCAUCAGUCAUUUUUUUCAGAAGGAAGCCAGCAAUGCAUUGAAAUCCCUGCUGACCCAGAUCCAGACUCUAACCAGACAAUCUUUGCUUCCACCUUAAGAAGUAUAAUUCAAAAAAGAAACUCAGGGGCAAAUCACUACAGCUCUGAUUCCCAGCUCUCGGCUGGUCUUACCCCUACAACUCUAGAAGAUGGCAAAGCACUUAUAGGAAAGAAAAAAAUCUUCUCACCAUCUCCUUCCCUGUUGUCAGGGCCCAAAGAAUUGCUGGAGAAUAUCUCACCAGGUCCCUUGAGCAGGAGAAAUCAUGCACUUUUAGAAAGGCGUGGUUCAGGAGCUUUCUCUUUAGAUCACAAUAUUACUCAAGCCAGAUCAGGAUUUCUGCCACCCUUAAACGUGAAUCCUCACCCCCCCAUCUCAGAUCUCAAUGUCAAUAACAAGAUUUCCAGCCUCCUUUCUUGUAGUCAAAAAGUGCUUAUGCCAACAGUUCCUAUGUUCCCUAAAGAAUUCAAAAGUAAAAAAAUGUUGUUAAGGAGACAAUCAUUGCAAACAGAACAAAUUAAGCAAUUAGUAAAUUUUUAAGAAAUGGCUAGAAAGCACAUUUUGUUCAAAUGUCUACAUCAGAGAAAUAUAGAACCAGAGAAGAAAUCUCAAAUGUCCAUCCUUUUAAAUCUUGUAAUUGGUUAGUCCAUAAUUGUUAGGGGUAUCAAAAUGUACUGUGUAUCGUACUAGGCACUGUGGACAUACAAAUAACAUGUAGUUCCUACUAAGGAAAUUCAACAAAAUUAAAGCUAUAUUUCUCAAAACUCCUAAUAUUUAACAACCUUCAUGUGGUCCAGGUUUUUAAUUUAAACAAAAAUCAGUUAAAAAAAAAAAAGGGCAAAUAUGUUGGAGAUGACUUUAAAAUUUUUUUCAGAUUUCCCAGAUGUUUUAUUAGGAAACACUGCAUUCAAGUCAAUAAAAGUUUUUAACAUUACAAGUCAAUAAAUAAGAUUGUAAUUUUCCAUGAUGCCAAAAGCAUAAAAAAAACCCAAAAACAAAACAGUCCUAUGAUCAAUAAGCCUAUAAGGUAUAAGGUAUAAGGAAAGAAUGAACUAAUUCUUAAAACUGUUGAUUGCAAGUAUGUGAAAUCUAAUUAAAAUUGUAAAAGGCCAACCAUUAUAGUAGACUGGGCAGCUAAUAUUCACGUUGUCAGCCUAAUCAAUGUCAAAUAACAGAUCAGAGUUUUACAAGCUAGUAAUAAUCUAUGCUAAGUGUUGGCGUGUUGUUUUUUGCUUGGUUUUAUUUUGUCUUUAAUGUUAUCUCAUAGAAUUCUUUCUUCAUAUCUUUUAAUUCCUGUUAUUAUUUUUGAGGUCUAUCUAUAGGUUCCCAGUAACAAGAUAAAACAAAAGUUUAAAAGCAUUCCUCGUUACUUAUAUCAAAUUAUUCUUGUCUUUCUUACAGACAACCAAAAAAAACAAAACAAAAAACCCGGAGAUUUAUCACAAAUAGAGACUAUGUGCUUGCUUCAUUUUAGAAAAGAAAAACUGAUUAUUAGAUUCUCUUAGAUUAGCUAAAAUUAAGAAAGCCAAUAGAAACUUACAGAAUAGAAACAAAAUACACUAAAUAUUUCGUCAAGAUUAAAUAAUAUCUCUUAAUUUCUAACAUAAUUAUUAAACAUUUAUAUAAUAAGGAUAAUAAGGAUAAUUUCCUUAGUGUGACAUUCCAAUCAUCUAGUAUUUAGGACCUGUGAAUAACUUCUAACAAAAUAAAUGAAUACCAUGUUACUAUUAUAAAAUGUUACAAAAUGACUAUAUUAUCUAUAUGAUUUCAAAAUGUGUUUAUAUAAAGAAUCCUUAUUUCAACCUAGCAGUUUCACAACAAAGAAUAAGUCAAAUUAUAUAAAACUGGAGUGCACUAAUCUGAUGACUGUCAUAUACAAGUUUAUUUCUUUGCCUUCUAUUAGUAGAGGAGAUCCUAACAAUUGGUAUGAUGCUUUUCUUGGUAAUUUGAUAUAAGCAAGUUGUAAUGUAUAUGGUAAUUAUUUAAUGUUUUUGUGGCUUUUAUUUGAAAAAAAAUAAUUGGAGGUUUUUCAUUUAAUGUUUUAAAGAACAUUAAUGUAAAUUACAUUAGAAAUAGUUUUUGAUUCAGAACUUAGAAUUGUACCUGAUGUUUAUAGGUAGCUAAACCCUUUUCACAAGUUUAAUAUUGAGAAAAGUGCUUGGCUUUAAGUUGCAAGGAUACAGUUUGGAGAAAUAUGUAAAUAUAUUAGUUCAUAAACAAAAUGCUAUCAAUAAAAAUUUUAAAUGUUA